AUUUCUUCCAGGAGCCAGGGAGCAGCCGAGUGCGACCAAGACACGCAUUAUCUUCCUGGCAUCGACGAUGGACAACGACGGGAUCUUGGCGAUUGUGCUGGGAGUUCUGCUGGGCCUGCCGCUGCUGCGCUUCGUCAUCCUGCUGAUCGGAAACGUCAUCAUUGUCCAUCACAAGGAAGCUGUGAUUGUCGAACGAUGGGGUCGGUUCCAUGCCAAGCUUGGCCCGGGAUUGCACUUUUUGAUUCCGUUCCUAGACAACGUCAAGACGAUCACAUGGCGCCGCCUCAAGGUAUGUACGCCGUCCUCGUCGUAGCUUCGUCGUCUUCACCUUCAUGGGGCCCGCCUGCCGCCUGUACAGAUUCAAAUGCCACACGAAACCGACGCCUUGGUCGACAAGAGCUUCUACCGCAUCGACGCGCGGCAAACGAUCAUGGACUUCAAGGUCCAAACCAUCAUCACCCGCGACAACGUCGAGAUCUCGGUGCGCCCGAUGGUCAUCUACGAGUUUUGCGACCCCAUGAAGGUGUGCUACGAAGUAUACGACCUGAGCCAGGCGAUGAAGAAGCUUGUGCACACGACGCUCCGCUCGAUCAUCGGGGACAUGGGGCUGGACGACACGCUCGCGUCCCGCGAAGAGAUCAACCGUGGCAUCUUACUCAAGAUCGCGCACAUUUGCUUCAACUGGGGCAUCCGCAUCCACCGCGUCGAGUUGCUAGAGAUCUCGCCGAAUCGGUCGGUGCAAGAAGCCAUGCACCAGCAGCUUUCUGCCGAACGCGUGCGUCGCGCCGCCAUCGUCACCGCCGAAGGGUACCGUGAAAAAGUCAAAACCGAGGCCGAGGGCGAGUCCCAAGCCAAGAUUGCGCUCGCCACCGGCGAGCAGCAGUGCAUGAUCAUCCGCGCCAAGGCGGCGGCGGAAGCGCGGCUUCUCAUCGCGCGCGCCGAAGGAGAUGCGCUGACGCUGGUCAAGGAAUCACUCAAGGACAUUGCGGUCGAUGCGACGCAGUACAUGAUUGCGGUGCGGUACAUGGAGACCCUGGCGGCGAUUGCGAACGCGAGCAAGAAAUGUGAAGUGUUUAUGCCGCUGGAGACGGACGUCGUGGGCGCGCUCGCGGGGAUGUAAACGUGUAUUGUAUAGGUUGAUGAUAAUAUUUUGAAUCGACAAGGAAUAAUAUAUGAAGGAUAUAUAUCGACGAAAAAGAAGAUAUGAG